AUGGUUAUUAUUGCACUGUAUGUUGAUGAUUUACUUAUUUCUGGCAAUUCUUCUGAGGUCAUUGCCAAAACCAAGUCUUCUUUGUCAUCUAUGUUUAAGAUGAAAGACUUGGGCCCAGUCGAGCAGUUCCUUGGCAUGAGAGUUAAGCAGUCACCGUACCAUAUUACUGUGGAUGUUUCACGUUAUAUUUUUGAUAUGUUGGAAGAGUUUGGUAUGCAGAACUGUUCAAGUGUCAAGACUCCUUUACCCACUCGUGAUCUUUCUGAUUUUUCCGAGUCUGACUCUGCUACCGAUGCCUCCAUGUAUCGCAGUAUUAUUGGUAAGCUGAUUUAUGCUGCUAAUUGUGCUCGUCCUGAUCUUGCUGUUGCUGUUAGCUUUCUUUGUCGAUAUAUGCAGAGUCCGAAGUCUAUUCAUAUGGAAGCUGCUAAGCAUACUCUUCGUUAUCUUAAGGGUACUGCUGAACUUGGUCUUGAAUAUCGAGCUCAGAAAGUCUACAAGCUUGUUGGCUAUAGUGAUGCCGAUUAUGCACAGGACAAACAGGACCGUAAGUCCUUUACUGGGUAUGUUUUUAUUCUGUCUGGUGGUCCCAUUACUUGGGCUUGUCGAAAGCAAGUUAGUCCUGCAUCGUCCAGCGUCGAGUCUGAGUACAUGUCAUUGUCUGAUGCGUCUAAGGAAUGCUUCUGGAUUAAUCAGUUGUUGUCUCUUUGCAAGAUUCCUGUUCCGUUGCCAGUGACUAUGUUUGAGGACAAUCAGGGAUGUAUUGCAUUGGCUCAGAACCCAGUGUUUCAUCGUCGCACCAAGCAUAUUGAUGUUCGUUAUCAUGUUGUGCGUCACUAUAUUCGCAGUGGAGUGAUUCAUCUGGAGUAUCUUGAUACUCUAGUGAUGUUGGCAGAUAUGUUCACUAAGAAUCUUGGUCGUGUGAAGUUUGAGACAUUGAGGGGACUACUUGGUAUGAAGGCAGUAGGUGAUUCUGCGACAAGGGGAGGUGUUGAGCAUGCAAUGUUGUCGCAGACUAGUGCAGUUGAUAAUGCACGUGAGUUUGGUUCAACAUGGUUUGCUGAGACUAUUGAUGAAUUUUCUGAGAUAGUUGAUGAUGAUCCAUUUGUGAGUUCCGCUUUUGUGUCCGAGACAUCUGUUGUUUCUGAAAAGUUUGGUAACAGUUGCUCCGAGUCGUUUGAUGAUUUGGAAUCCGAACUUUUUGAUUCUUCUGAGCCGUGUGUCGGCGAUGAAGAUUGUUUUGUUGGUCAAGUUUCUGAGUAUUGUUCAAACUCAGGACUUGAUAUUGAUUCAGUUGGUAAACCGUUUGUUAGUUCCACUGAUGAUUCUUGUUUUAAUUCUGAACCGUAUGUCGGUUCUACUGUUGUUUGUUUGGAGUCUGAACCGUGUGUCAGUUCAGCUCCUAUUUGUUUUGAUUCUGAAUCGUUGGUCGAUUCGGAUGUUGUUCCUUUUGAUUCUGAACCGUUGGUCGGUUCUUCUUUUAUUUUUUGUUCUGAUUCUAAACCGUUGGUCGGUUCUGAUGAUGAUAUUGCCUUACCUUCUUUUGAUUUUUUGGUGGAUUCAAUUACUGAACCUUCUCCGCCUAUUGUUAAACCUAUUGUUACACCAAAAUCCCGUUUUUCUCCAUUCUUUUUCUUAUCUUUUGUUACCAUCAUGUUGUUUUCCUUGACCUUAAUUGUCGUCUGGCAUCCUUCUUCAAUCUUGGAUUUAAGUCAUUCAGUACAUCAUGUUUUUGUUGCUGAAUCUACUACUUCUGCUGAGGCCAACUUAGUUGUUGGGUCUGAUUCUUUUGACUUUAUCCAUGACACUGGUGCUACCAGUCACAUUUGCAAUAACAUCUCAUAUUUUUCUUCUCUUCGUCCCACUUCGGCUACCAUUCGUGGUCUUGGUUCUGCUACUGCUGAGGGGGUUGGCGACAUUGUCGUCGAUCUUCUUGGUAAAGAUGACCAGCCUUGUGACCGCGUUGUUCUUCGAGAUGUUUUAUAUGUUCCUAAGAUUCCUCGCAAUUUAUUUGCUGCUCGUCGAGCUACUGCUGGUGGUUGUCGGUUCAUUCAAGACCUUAACCAUAUUUCUGCUGUUGAAAAUGGCAAAACUCGAGUCCACGCCAUUGCCAUGGGUGACUUGUACUUUUGUCGUUUCCGAGUUGUUUUGCCUUCCAAGCCAGUUCAUGAGGUGUUUGCUGUUGAGUCGUCUGCCAAUCUUUGGCACAAGCGACUUGGUCACGCCAGUGUGGACGUUCUCAAGAAAUUAUCUAAGUCACUUUCUGUCAAGCCUACUCAUUUUGAGGUUGUGGAUAGUCAUAAGUGUGACGCUUGCUUGGGUGGCAAAGCCACAGCAUUGCCAUUUAAUGGUACCACAGAAAAAGCUAGUCGUCCUUUGGAGUUAUUUGUUUCUGAUUUAAGCGGUCCUCAUGUCGCUACCCCUGUGGGUCAUCGUUAUGUCUUAACCAUUAUGGAUUAUUAUUCCAGGUACUCUUAUGUGGAGUUGUUGGUUAGGAAAAGUGAUGCAAGUCUUGCCAUUCGUAACUUUAUUGCUAGGUACCUGGAGCAGUUCUUUGUGUCUAAGGGUAUCAAGCAUACUUAUACAGUUCCUCAUACUCCUCAGCAAAAUGGUGUUGCUGAGCGAUUGAAUCGCACAUUAUUUGAAAAAGCCAAGUCUAUGCUUUUAUAUGCUCAUGCUCCUGAGUAUUUAUGGGGUGAAGCUGUCAAGUCUGCUAAUUAUAUUAGGAACCGUCUUCCUAGUCGUACCACUGGUGGUGUUGCACCUCUUCAACUUUGGACUGGUAAACCUCCUAGUUAUCACCAUAUGAAAGUAUUUGGUUGUCAAGCUACAGUUGUUCUUCCUGGUGCUAAAAGAGAAUCUAAGUUAAGUUCAAAUACUGAAGCUGGUGUUUUUGUUGGGUAUUCUUUGGAUCGUACAGCUUAUCGAGUUCUUCUUGAUUCAAGCAUUGUUGAAGCCAGGAGUGUUUACUUUGAUGAGUCCAAGUUUCCAUUUAUGAAAAGUGAUAAGGACUUGUCUAUUAAUGGUACUGGUGUUGGGUUUAGUGUUGGUUCUGGUUCAGGGUCCAUGUCAGGGCCUUGUUUUGAUUCUAAGGGGUCUGGUUUAGGAUCUAAUGUUAGGGUUAAUUCUAUUGCUAGUUCUGAUUCAAGUUCUGGUUCUAGUUUUGGGUCUCAUAGAUCUUUACCAGCAUCCUCAUCUGGUUCUGGUUCUGGUUCUGGUUCUGGUUCUAUUUGUGCUUUACCGUCUCCGUCUCUGUCUUCUUCUCCGUCUCAUUCUCCGUCGCCGCCUCCUUCUUCUUCUUCUUCUAUUAUUGUUCAUAAGCCUCGUUCUGUUCGUCGCAUUUUGUCUACACCUUCUGCUCCUCUUGAGUCUCCUACUCUUCCUACUCUUCCUUCUAUUUCUUCAGUUCCAUCUCUUCCUAGUUCUCCUAUUCUUCCACCUUCAGAUCAUGAUGUCUCUAUAUCUUCUGACUCUAGUCCUAUUGUUUCUUCUUCGGAAUAUAUUCCUUCACAAUUAGACUUAUCUGAAGCUGGUCCAUCUAUUAAUGAAUCUGAUAUUUCUGGUGAUUCUGGGAUCUCGCAACGAGGGGGUGAUAUUGGGUUUCAACCGUCUAUCAUUGCUUCGUCUCCCACUCCACCACCUUCUGUUGAAUUGGAAGUAGUGCCACUUAGUCAAGAAUCUCCUUCGCCUGAUCUUGUUAAUUCUCUUGACCAAGCUGGUGUUAGUGUUGUCACUAAGGAUGAUACUCAAGCUGUUUUGCCUAAAUCUCGAUCUCGUGUUGUUGCUGUUCGUUUACCUUCUAUAACUCCUGCCAAACGCCCGAGUUCUGAUGACAUUGUUUCACCUCCUUCUAAACAUCUUUGUGAAAAUUCUUUGAAACAAUCUCCAGUGUCUGCAACACCUGCAAAACGUCCAGCUGAAGAAGAGUGUAUUUCUUAUCGUCGUCUCAAAUCUCUCCGCUUUGAGUAUGAUGAUGUGGCUUUACUUGUUUUACAGAUCCUAGUAGUUUUGAAGAAGCUAUGUCUAGUGAAGAAGCUGAGUUUUGGCAAGCCUGUGUUAUUGAAAUGUCGUCUCUUAAACGCAAUGGUACCUUGGGAAUUGGUUGAUCUCCCACCUGGUCGCAAGGCUAUCAAUAGCAAAUGGGUGUUUAAAGUUAAGCGCAAAGCUGACGGUUCAAUUGAACGUUACAAAGCUCGUCUCGUGUGUAUUGGAUUUUCGCAAGUUGAAGGUAUUGAUUAUACUGAAACUUUUGCUCCCGUUGUUCGUUACGAGACUGUAAGGAUUGUUCUUGCUAUUGCUGCUCAGUUUGGGUUCCAGGUUCAUCAUAUGGAUGUCGAGACUGCAUUUCUUAAUGGUGAUCUCAAAGAAGAUAUUUAUAUGAGACAACCUAAAGGCUUUGUUGUCAAAGGCCAGGAAUCUAAAGUGUGUCAUUUGAAGAAGUCUUUAUAUGGUUUAAAGCAAGCUCCUUUGUGUUGGAAUGAGAAGAUUCAUGGUGCUCUUGUCAAACUUGGGUUUAUUCGUAAUGAAAGUGACUACGGUGUGUAUACCAAAGGAUCUGGGUCUACCAUGGUCAUUAUUGCACUGUAUGUUGAUGAUUUACUUAUUUCUGGCAAUUCUUCUGAAGUCAUUGCCAAAACCAAGUCUUCUUUGUCAUCUAUGUUUAAGAUGAAAGACUUGGGCCCAGUCGAGCAGUUCCUUGGCAUGAGAGUUAAGCAGUCACCUUACCAUAUUACUGUGGAUGUUUCACGUUAUAUUUUUGACAUGUUGGAGGAGUUUGGUAUGCAGAAUUGUUCAAGUGUCAAGACUCCUUUACCCACUCGUGAUCUUUCUGAUUUUUCCGAGUCUGACUCUGCUACCGAUGCCUCCAUGUAUCGCAGUAUUAUUGGUAAGCUGAUUUAUGCUGCUAAUUGUGCUCGUCCUGAUCUUGCUGUUGCUGGUACUGCUGAACUUGGUCUUGAAUAUCGAGCUCAGAAAGUCUACAAGCUUGUUGGUUAUAGUGAUGCCGACUAUGCACAGGACAAAGCAGGGACCGUAAGUCAUUUACUGGUUGUUGUCCCUUGCAAGAUUCCUGUUCCGUUGCCAGUGACUAUGUUUGAGGACAAUCAGGGAUGUAUUGCAUUGGCUCAGAACCCAGUGUUUCAUCGUCGCACCAAGCAUAUUGAUGUUCGUUAUCAUGUUGUCCGUCACUAUAUUCGCAGUGGAGUGAUUCAUCUGGAGUAUCUUGAUACUCAAGUGAUGUUGGCAGAUAUGUUUACUAAGAAUCUUGGUCGUGUGAAGUUUGAGACAUUGAGGGGACUACUUGGUAUGAAGGCAGUAGGUGAUUCUGCGACAAGGGGAGGUGUUGAGCAUGCAAUGUUGUCGCAGACUAGUGCAGUUGAUAAUGCACGUGAGUUUGGGUGGGAAACUAUGGUUGACAAUCUAUGUUUAUUUUAG